UGCAAGGGAAUGAUUCGACAGCCUAAAGGAACCUUGUCAUAUACGGUGUCUACUCGCGAUUCCCUUGAUAGUAUAGCGUUACAUUACAAUACGACACCGUCUGAAUUAAUGAGAUUGAAUAGAUUAGGAUGCAGAAUGAUAUUCCCUGGACAGAUGCUGUAUGUACCAGACCCGGAUUCCGUUGAGCCGGUUUGUGUAAGUCCAUCUCAGUCACCUGAAGAAAUCACACCUAUCAAUGAGAAUUUCACUAGUAUAUCAGGAAGUUUUGACAAACCAAGGGAUGUACCAGUGGUGUCGCAAAGACAAAAAUCUAAAGACAUUCCAUUUACGAAAGAUGAGUCAUCGAAAGACAAAAGGAAAGACAAGAAAGAUUUACUCCUGAAACGGCAUAGUACUCCGAAACCAGGAAAAGUUGUCAGACAGUCAUCACGACAGUUGUCUAUAGAAAGCCCGGUAGAAACAGAAUAUUUUGAGAAAUUUCUGAAGAUUAAUGUUAAGUACAUAACAGAUGGUCAGGGUGUUGUUAGUGGAGUGCUGUUAGUCACACCAAAUGCCAUUAUGUUUGAUCCCAAUGUAUCUGACCCAUUAGUCAUAGAGAAUGGUGCCGACAUGUACGGUAUUAUCACACCAAUGGAAAUGGUUAUCAGCGCAGCAAUGUACCAUGAUAUAUCCCCUAUGUUGAGAAAAGACGCAACAGCGGAAAUCUACCAUGCUGCCAAUUGUCCGCUAGCAAGGAAGAAAAAGAAAAAAGAAGACAAGAAAGAAGAUACUUCUGAAAAUAAGGAGAAUAUUGAUGAUAAGAUCUCCAUGAAUAUGCAGCAGAGUUCACCAGAGGAUGGUGAGACACAAUGUGAUGCUAACACAGAAGAAGAUAAAGAUGAAGUGUUCUUCCAAGCUCCUGAGAAGUUAUGUGACUGCGUCAGUGAAAAUAAAUGUAAAGAUGAAUCAGAUCAUAUCCAACCAGGAAGUAAAAGCCAAAUUACAACUAAAGAUACUGCCAGUGAUGAGGUGGAAAAGUUGUGUAGAACCGUUGCUAUAGACUCUGGAGAUGGGAAUGUUGAGACCAGGGAAUCUACAGAUACAAAACUACCAGGGACAGCAAAAAUACCAGAUAAAUUGGUUACUGCAUCAGCCUCCCUGGUAAUGGGUGAUGCAUCCGUGGAAUCUGGGAGUGUCAGUGUGUCUGAAACAUUGGAAAAUUGUGAAGCAAAAGGAGUGAAACGUGUGGACAUAGAAAUCCAGGAGGAGGCGUUGGUAGCUGUAGCUGACAAACAACAGAUCGUGAAGCUCCAAGAUCAGUGUGAUAUCGGUGAAUAUGUGGAUGACUCAGUAAAUAAAGGAAGUGUAGAAAGCGGUAUAGCCGAAAUGAAUGAAACUAUGACGACUGACGAAAUGUCAGAUAUAGUUGUGGAAAGUGGAAGAAUUAACACGCAUGCGACUGUAUUCAACGCUGAUAACUCAAAACCUGAGGACAAAGCCAAAAUGGUUAGUCACCGUAGUAGUAAUGAUGUAAAACAAGCUGAAACCGACUCUGUAGUGGAUGGCAAAGAGGGUGUGUCGGAACUACCCUCAACUGAUCCUGUUCCUGUGGAUAGUGGCAGUGAAAGUGCUACGCAGCAUCCCUUGGCUAGUAACACUAGCAAUGUGAAGGGUGUGGAAGAUGGGCGUUUUGGUGAGUUCAAAACUCUCGAAUUAAGCCCCGAUGGUGAUGUGUGUGAACAAAAAGCUGAAAUAGAGGGUACCACCUGUGAUUUGUCAUUGUUGAGUGAUGUCUCAAAGGACUCGAUCACUGAGAUUCAAUCUGGUGUUUGUAGUGAUACGAGCCGAGAUGAUGAUGAUGAUGAUGCUAUCAGACCACGUACUAGGAGUUUUGUUGAUUUUUCCUCAGGACUCUUCGCUAAGGAACAGGAUCCAUCCUCGAUGGUACCUGACAUAACGGAAGUGAUACGAGACACCAGCGCCACACAAAUGGAGAUAGAACGGAUAAAAGCCAGCGCCCGACGAGUAAGAAUCACUCCUAGAAAUCGCAAGAAAAGCGAUAGUGAUCUUCAACAAGAUCGCAAGGAGAGAACUAAAAAACAAUUGGAGCGCCUUGCAUCAUGGGAUACUAAUUAUCACGAAUUACUCUUACGGCCAAAACGUAUGAAUGAGCCACCAUUGUACCUGUGUUUAAAAGUAGGUCAGCCAAUGAAGAAAACUUUUACUGAAUCAAGUGCUAUUGAGUCUUAUAGCAUUAAAACAAAGAAACCGGAGUACUGGUUUGCUGUACCAAAAGAUCGAGCUGAUCAUUUAUAUGCGUUUUUUGUACAAUGGUCUCCCAAUAUUUAUGGUAAAGAAGACCCUGAUGCCAAAGAAAUGGUUUUGGAAUGUAUCUUUGUUUCACAAAAAAAAGAUGACAGUAGUAAUACGGGUGAAAAUGGAUCCAUAGAUGUGAUAGAACAGUUGGAGCUACAAGAAGUAGCUACGUACAACUGUCGAGAAGUGGACCUUGUGCGUCAAAUGACGAUUGUAACAAUUGAAGAAGCUAAAAGAAGACUGUCCUUACUUGAAGGGGAAGAGUUACCAUUGCCAGAAUUGAUUGGGAAAUGUAGUUUAUUAAGUACUGAACAGAUCAGUAAGCUUAUUUGUCAUUUGCCACCUCGUGUUGAGGGAUACAGCUGGGCCUUGAUCUACAGUACUUACGAACAUGGUUUUAGUUUAAAGACGCUGUAUCGUAGUAUGAAUGGCUAUGAUUCCCCAGUCCUGCUGAUCAUCAAGGAUUCCAAGGAUAAUUUAUUUGGUGCAUUGAUAUCCACCCCUAUCAGAGUGAGUGAUCAUUACUACGGCACAGGAGAAACAUUUCUUUAUAACUUGACACCAGAAUUCAAGAAAUACUCAUGGACUGGUUCCAACAACUUCUUUGUCAAAGGAGAUUUUGACAGUUUAGCGAUUGGAGGUGGAGAUGGCUAUUUUGGAUUAUGGUUGGAUGGGGACAUCUACCAUGGAAACAGCCAUCCAUGCCAAACGUUUAACAAUGACUGCCUAUCAGAACAUGAAGACUUUGUAGUGGAAGGCUUAGAAGCAUGGGGUUUUGUCUAAUAAUUGACACUGAUAUAUCAAAUGAUAAAGACAUCAACAAGAUUGUGCAUUGCAUAACCGUGCGAAGACGCUUUAAACAUUCUAUCCGUUAUGUGUUUUUGUGCAGGUUGCCGGUAAACCAGGUUGCAUGUCUUAUACCGCAGAGAGUUGGAACAGGGGAGAAAAAAAGUCUUGACUAAAAUAUAAUUUAUGAACUUGAAUAAUUCAUUCUGUUCAAUGAAAUUUAUUGUUUUCUUCAUCUUUCAGUUAUUCUACAAGACUAAAAUGCUUAUUAUUAAUGAGAAAUAUGGUUUUAUUGAAUUUUCUGCCAGUCAAUGCAAUCCUUCUGUUCUGAGUUUGUCUGGUUUAAUCAUCAGUGCAGUUAUCUA